GAGGAACGGGGAGAAUUGCCAUCCCUAAUUCCGAAGCCCCUCCUCUUCCGAAAACAAAGCCAGUUUGAGUCUCACCCCUUUCUCCAUCUCUUCCGUGCGCCAAUCUGCGGCAAUGACCUCCAUCACCUCCGCCGACUUGAAUUACCUCGUCUUUCGUUACCUUCAAGAGUCUGGUUUUACACAUUCAGCUUUUACUUUAGGAUAUGAGGCAGGUAUUAACAAAAGUACCAUUGAUGGAAAUUUGAUUCCGCCUGGUGCUCUCAUUACAUUUGUUCAAAAAGGGUUGCAGUACUUGGAGAUGGAAGCAAACUCAAGUAAUAGCAAUGCAGAUAUGGAUGAAGAUUUCUCAUUCUUGCAACCUUUGGACCUAAUAACAAAGGAUGUUUAUGAACUGCAACAGUUGAUAAAAGAGAAAAGGAAAAAUAUCCAAAAGGAUAGAGAUAAAGAUAAGGAAAUGGAUAAAGAUUGUGAUAGGGAAAAUGAUGGUGAGCUUGCACAAGGGCGAGUGAGGGAGAAAGAAAGACAUGAAAGCGAUAAGGAGCAAGAAAAGGAUAAAGUGAAGAUAGAAAGAGAGAAGGAGCAAGAAAAGCAGAGUGAGGAACAGGCUGAUACAGAAAUGGUUAUGGAGCAAGAGGAUAAGGAUACUAUUAAACAAGAAGAAAAUGGAACUUCUGGAGAACCAAUGGAUACUGUGACUUCUUCUUCCUUAACAUAUGAGGCUUUUCAAAUUCCUUGUUCUGAUGUGACAAUUUUGGAAGGACACACUUCUGAGGUUUGUGCUUGUGCAUGGAGUCCAACUGGUUCACUUCUUGCAUCAGGAUCUGGAGAUUCAACAGCUCGUAUUUGGACAAUAGCUGAAGGGCCUUGUAAACCGGGUGUGUGGAAUAGUCCAUUAAAUGUUUUGGUGCUGCAGCAUGUGAAAGGAAAAACAAAUGAGAAGAGCAAAGAUGUAACAACACUUGAUUGGAAUGGGGAGGGAACAUUGCUUGCAACAGGUUCAUAUGAUGGACAAGCAAGAAUUUGGACCACAAAUGGUGAACUAAAGAGUACAUUGACUAAACACAAAGGACCAAUAUUCUCUUUAAAAUGGAACAAGAAGGGUGACUAUCUUCUUACUGGAAGCUGCGAUAAAACUGCAAUUGUGUGGGAUGUAAAAGCAGAGAAAUCGGAAGAACAGUUUGAAUUUCAUGCAGGUCCAACCCUUGAUGUUGAUUGGCGCAACAAUGUCUCUUUUGCGACUAGCUCUACUGACAAUAUGAUAUAUGUGUGCAAGAUUGGAGAAUCCCGCCCCAUUAAAACUUUUGCAGGGCAUGAGGGAGAAGUAAAUUGUGUCAAAUGGGAUCCAACUGGUUCAUUGUUGGCGUCAUGCUCUGACGAUAUCACCGCAAAGAUAUGGAGCAUAAAGCAGGAUACCUGUGUCCAUGAUCUGCGGGAUCAUUGUAAGGAGAUAUACACCAUCAGAUGGAGUCCUACAGGACCUGGGACAAACAAUCCUAACCACCAAUUAAUUCUUGCAAGUGCAUCAUUUGACUCCACAGUGAAGCUGUGGGACGUGGAACAAGGAAAGCUUCUUCACAGCUUAAAUGGACACCGGUACCUGAACUAAUCUAUAUCUAUUUCUAUGGUUCUAUAUAAAUCACCAAUUAGCUCAAUUUUUUUAGACUAAUGGAACUGAAAUACAAUCAAGCACUCAUGAUCAGCCUCUCUUUUCUUAUCAUCUCCUGGAUAUUUAGGCUUUUGCUUGGACCCUUUUAUUGUCGGUACUCAUGACUGUUUCUAAAUUGCUGUAUUUGGCGGUGGUUCAAGGAGACCUUAAAUUUCUUGAAGAGUUGAAGUUAAUCAUUACUUUUUCGGGCUUCAGAAGCUAAUCACACUUUUUUUUGGAAAGGCAAAGAAAAGUUUUUAUUAUUAUAGGGAGUAUAAAGAAUAUUCCAACCUUUACAACAAAACUUUACAUCAUCAUGUGUUCAUCGGCCUUGAAGGAAAAGAAGCUAAUCAUGCUUAAGCCAUGUUAUUUGUUCUUUGGAGGUAAUAAUCUGCAUUGGCCUUCAAGUUGUUUUUUUGACGUGUUUAUUUUAAUUGAACUGCCAGGGAUCCUGUGUACUCUGUUGCAUUUAGCCCAAAUGGAGAGUAUUUGGCCAGUGGAUCUCUUGAUAGAUCCAUGCAUAUUUGGUCAUUAAAGGAGGGAAAGAUUGUAAAGACAUACACUGGCAAUGGGGGCAUAUUCGAAGUGAGUUGGAACAAGGAAGGCGACAAGAUUGCUGCGUGUUUUGCCAACAAUACGGUCUGUGUCUUGGAUUUCAAGAUGUAACAACUCAAAAAAGCCACCCAUCUCAGGACUUAAAUGGUUUGGUCUCAGAAAACUAGCGAUGUUAGUUGUUUAUUAGAAUGGAAAACUGUAACUAAUCUAGGUAGACACAAGUGCAAACCGAUGCUGGAAUUACUCAUUGAAUUUGAUAUUCAUUUUAGGUGUAGUGCUCACAGAAUUGGCAGCAAAGUAUCCUCUUAUUAGCAGCUGCUUUGCCUUUUUCCAAUUAAUAUUGUUCAAAUACUUUGAUUUGAUCUUUAUAUCUUUGGUGUAAGAGUUUCAGCCUGUGCUAA